AUGUGUAAACACAUCCUCAAUGCCCAAGUGUCGAUCCGCGCACCAUGCUGCCAGAAGUUUUUCGAUUGCCCCGAAUGCCACGCAGAGUCACAAGACCACACACUGAGGAAAACGAUCGAGAUGGCGUUCAUCUGCAAAAAGUGCCGCAAGGCGUUCCGCAAAGACCUCGCACAGUACGAAGAGUCGGACGAGUUCUGUCCGCACUGCGACAACCACUAUGUGGUCGAGGCGAAGACGCCACAAGCGGUGCUGAGCGUGGAGGGCGAAGACGCACGCGUGGACAACCGCAUGCUGCGCGACGACCGCGUCAAGUACGACCCGCGCAAGGACUUUUUCUUCCGCCGUGUGGCCGUGCAGGAGACCGAACGCAUCGACGAGGGCGGCUGGCUGCAGGCCAUCAAGGACCGCGCCGCGGGUAAGCUGGGUCCUGAUGGUCUUCCGAUCGACGGUGCCGGCCCGCUGGGAGAAGACGGCAAGCCGCUGCUGGAUGCAUCGGCGUUGGGGGGUGGUAUGGGCCGGCCGCCGCAAUGGAGCAAGUUCAACGACGAUGAUCUGGACUGGUCCUAG